AUGCAUUUGAUGUAUUAUUUGAACGAAGAGGGAAAGCGUAUUUAUACGUUAAAAAAAAGGGCUCCAAAUGGUAAAGCCACUGUCUCUUCCCAUCCUGCAAGAUUUUCUCCUGAUGACAAGUAUUCUCGUCAGCGUUAUACUUUGAAAAAGCGCUUCCAUGUCCUUCCUUAUGAAGUUGCUGCCAGAUCUUUCUAA